GAAAGAGAUAUACUUACCGGAACCAAAAGCAGGCAAAGGAGGCUGGGAAUUGGACUUCUUAUAACAAAUAAUGGGCGGCUGUUGAAGAAAAAUAGAGAAACAUAUACAUAUUAUUAUUGAAGUGAUCCAAGGAGAAAUUAAUUGGUGAUUCCAUCUAUAUCACUCUGGUUAUCUAGCAACCGUGUUUUGGAAAACAUCAAAUCCAUAAUUCAGAACACCAUAGUUCCUUAAUCUUUUGAGGAACGGACUCUCUCAUUGGGGAUUGAGAGAGGUGGACGUCAAGCGCAGUGAAUUUGACAAGAACAGACGGUUCUUGAAAUUCCACUUGGUGAUACAAUCAGCUAAGAAUCAGGAGGCUGUAGUGGACAACAGAUUGGAAUGCAGAAGGUAGAUUGGAAAAUCUAGUAGGAGACUAGUUGCAUCUACGACAGUAAAUCGUGAGACUGGAACAUUUGGUCUGAUUGGGUACGAAGUUUGGGAACUUGUACUUGCUGAAUUGGAAUAGUGGAAGUCACUGGCUUGGUCCCAGAGUUUUACCCACGUUGGGGUUUCUCCGUCAUCAUAUCGAAUUGAGGAAGACAAGAUGCUGGCUACUGAAGAUAUAUCUACAUAAAAACACAAAAAUUGAGUGGUUGAAUUGAUAAAUUCAGUCAGCUGCUGGGAAAGAAUUAGUGGGUUGCAAAGUUGAAUUAAAUACAUAUAUAUACGCCCAUAGAAAGCCGAAUGUUGGAAGAGAAUUGGAGUCCCAUUUUGGUAGUCAAACAUUGAAGUUCCAAGGUGGAAAGAGAUGUACUUACUGGAACCGAAAGCAGGCAAAGGAGGUAGGGAAUUGGACUUCUUAAUUAACAAAUAGUGGGCGACUGUUGGAGAAAAAUAGAGAAACAUAUACAUAUUAUUAUUGAAGUAAUCCAAGGAGAAAUUAAUUGGUGAUUCCAUCUAUAUCACUCUGGUUAUCUAGCAACCGUGUUUUGGAAAACAUCAAAUCCAUAAUUCAGAACACUGUAGUUCCUUAAUCUUUUGAGGAAUGGACUCUCUCACUGGGGAUUAAGAGAGGUGGACGUCAAGCGCAGUGAGUUGGACAAGAACAGACGGUUCUUGAAAUUCCACUUGGUGAUACAAUCAGCUAAGAACUAGGAGGCUGUAGUAGAUAGCAGAUUAGAUUGCAGGAGCUAGAUCGGAAAAUCUAGUAGGAGACUAGUUGCAUCUACGAUAGUAGAUCGUGAGACUGGAACAGCUGGUCUGAUUGGGUACGGAGUUUGGGAACUUGUACUUGCUGAAUUGGAAUAGUGGAAGUCACUGGCUUGCUCCCGGAAUUUUACCCACAUUGGGGUUUCUCCGUCAUCAUAUCCCUCUUUUUCAAGCAGGAAAUGGAGCUUUCAUUGAUAGGUCUUCAAAAUGCUGGAAAGACUUCACUUGUAAAUGUUAUCGCUACUGGUGGAUAUAGUGAAGACAUGAUCCCUACGGUGGGAUUUAAUAUGCGGAAAGUGACCAAAGGAAAUGUCACAAUAAAGUUGUGGGAUCUUGGUGGACAACCCAGAUUUCGGAGUAUGUGGGAGCGGUACUGUCGUGCCGUUUCUGCUAUUGUGUAUGCAACUUCUCUCCACCUCAUCUGUCAUAUAAUUUGUUACGAGUACUUGUUGGUUUCAUGGCACUAAACAAAGUUAAGGCCUCGUUUGAUUUCCAUCUUUCUAAGAAUGAAAAUGAAAUAUAUGGUCGUUACGAGAUCCACAC